AAUAAAGUUGCGGGCGGGGGCCAGGCGGGUCCAGCGGGAGCCGAGACGAGCGAGGCCAGGCCGGGCUGAGUCAAGCCAUGGCCUCGGAGGAGCUGGCGCAGAAGCUGCAGCGGCGGCUGCUGCUAGAGGAGAGCGGGGAGGGGGGGACGGUGGGGUCCGAGGGGACGGUGGGGGCCGAGGGAGAACCGAAUUCGGAUCCGGAUCGGAGCUGCCUGACGGCCCGGGCGGGCGCGGAGCUGAGCGCCAAGCUGUGUCGGCGGCAGGACAUCAACGAGGGGGCGGCGCAGCCCCGCAGGGCCGCCGUCUUCAAUCCCUACACCGAGUUUAAGGAGUUCAGCCGCCGGCAGAUCAAGGACAUGGAGCGCAUGUUCCGCCUGUAUGACUCAGGACAGGAUGGGUACAUUGACCUGAUGGAGCUGAAGCUGAUGAUGGAAAAGCUGGGAGCCCCACAGACCCACCUGGGGCUGAAGAACAUGAUCAAGGAGGUGGAUGAAGACUUUGAUGGGAAGCUCAGCUUCCGUGAGUUCUUGCUGAUUUUCCAUAAAGCUGCAGCUGGGGAACUUGAGGAAGAUAGCGGCCUGUUGACUCUUGCGAAGCUCUCGGAGAUAGAUGUCUCCAUCGAGGGAGUCAAAGGAGCCAAGAACUUCUUUGAAGCUAAGGUUCAAGCCCUCUCUUCAGCGAGUAAAUUUGAAGCAGAGAUAAAAGCUGAGCAGGAUGAGCGAAAGCGGGAAGAAGAGGAAAGGAAAAACCGCCGAGCAGCUUUCAGGGAGUUAAAAUCUGCAUUUACUCAGUAACCAACCAGCCAAUAUGCACUCUGAGAUUGCACAUGACUUGGUACGUUUCCCUGAUCAGGGCUCUACUUGGAGAGAACUGCCUGGAUCCUGCCUAAAACUUGUUACAGCUUUGCUAGCCUUCCUCUCCUGAAGAUCCUCCUGAGUUUCUAAGGGCACAACUCUUGCAGUUACUAUGCAUUCAUAACGAUGUGAAUCGUAAGAGCUGUAUACGUGCUGUUUGCUCUGAACUGUCAGGAGCACAUCACCCUGAAGCAGAAACAGCAGGUAGCAAAUAACGGUGAGCACUGACAAGUGUUGUGUUUGCUGACUUCAUUCUUCCCUUCUUUCCUAGACAUCCUUUUUCUCUUAACUCCUUAUUCAUUCAUUUCUUGUGUACAGGCAAGUAGUGAGGUCUUGUGUAAAUCGGUGUACAAAGUACAGCUCUUGGGUGCUGUCAUGCAUCCUUGACUAUCCCUUUUCUUUGUCCUCAAAGCUCCGUGCCAUGGGCAUUGUGAAAACACUGUGAAGAGAGAUACUUACUAGGGACAUGGAUCCAAUUAAUUACAAUUUCCUGUAGCAUUUUCUGCCACCCAGCAUGUGGAGAGUCUUCCAUUUUUUUCUUCUCUGAAGUGCCAUAGUAAUAAACCUUUCAGUAAGAGGUGAGACUUCCCAAGACUUCAAAGGGAGGAAGCUGUCUCUCUUAAACAAGGAAUAGAAAAUCAAGUUGCCUGACCAUGUAUCUUCUUUCACAUUCCAUUUAGUGUACUGUACGGCUUCAUUGUAUUUUCCAGCCUUAGGCAACUGUAUCUGUUUUUAAGGGAUAUUGCCAGCUGGACGAUGCAAUCAGAUGGCACACUGGGGUUUUCUAUUUGGAAAUUUGUUCAUAUACUGAAUCAUGAAGGUAACAUUGUUUGACUUUAUUAGAGCCACAACAGAUAACACCAGCCCAGCAUACCAAGCAAUCCCUGCUCAAGAAGGGAAGAGCAGUGAGGUGAGCAUGUUUAGCUGAACUGACUUCAGAGGGCUUGCACUAUAUUAUUAGCCAUUUUCUUUCACAAACACGGCAAACUUGCCCACAAAUGUUAAAAUACCCACUGCUUCUCUGGAUAUAUAUGCUGUAGGUCAUGGUAGGGGAGCUGUUUUCCCUCAGAGACCUCUCUUGAACUAUGGAUUUGCUCAAAUUCUGCCUCUGCUAUUUGCCCCAGUUUGUGUAUUUUCCCAGAAUGAAACUCAACAGUCAUCUUUUCACUUGUCUGUUUUGCUUCUUAAACUGUGAGCACUAAACUGUGAGCGUGGAAUAAUAAAUAGAAAAACCUCUGCUCUUUGUCAGGUGAAAGAAUUGCUAUACAAUUAAACUGUGUAUAUAUAUCUUCACAGAUUAUAUUUUAUAAAUCACGCUUUUUUAGCUAAAUAUUUAUAAUUAAAUGUUUUUAUACUUUACAACAAAGCAGAUAAUUUCAUCUUGUUAUUUCUCCUGUUGCUGAAAUGUACAAAUAAAGCAUUGUUAUCUCUG